CUUUCUCACUUUCUUCCUCUCGAGUCACCAGUGAGACCAGCCCCCAGCCGCUUCUCCCGUUACUCCCUCUCCUCCGGCUAGGAUCUUGGAACGUAGAAGACGAACCUAGCUCCUCUCCUUCCUCUGAAGAUCGGAGAUAUCUGUUGAAUGCAAGGUAUCAGAUAUGGAAAUUGACGAACCAAAAUUGAAGACGUCUGAUCAGAUCAGCAAUCCGAAGUUCUCAAUCAAUGUGUUGCAGCUUCUGAAAUCUGCACAAUUACAGCAUGGUUUGCGUUUUGGGGAUUACACUCGCUAUCGGAGGUAUUGCACUGCUCGACUGAGGAGACUGUACAAGUCAUUGAAGUUCACACAUGGUCGAGGAAAGUAUAAUAAAAGAGCUAUAACUGCUACUACUGUGACAGAAGUGAGAUUUCUUCACGUGGUCUUGUAUACAUCUGAAAGAGCUUGGAGCCAUGCUAUGGAGAAAAGACAGCUGCCAGAUGGUCCAAAUGCAAGACAGCGUAACUACCUGAUUUGUAGACUAAGAAAGGCCGUGAAAUGGGCUACACUUUUUUCAGAGUUAUGUUCGAUGAAGGGAGAUUCAAGGACAUCUUUGGAAGCCGAGGCCUACGCUUCUUACAUGAGAGGAAAUCUGUUGUUUGAGCAAGACCAGAAUUGGGAUGUUGCACUUAAGUGCUUCAAGAAAGCUAGGGCUGUCUAUGAGGAACUGGGGAAAUAUGGAGACUUAGAGAAUCAGGUUUUGUGCCGUGAGCGUGUUGAAGAGCUAGGUCCAAGCAUACAAUACUGUUUGCACAAAGUUGGUCAGUCAGAUUUGAAGACAUCUGAUCUAAUGCACAUUGGUGAAAUGGAAGGGCCAGCACUUGACCUUUUCAAAGCUAAACUAGAGGCUGUUAUGGCUGAGGCUAGAUCACAACAGGCUGUAUCAAUGACAGAGUUUCAUUGGCUCGGACACAUAUUUCCCAUUGCCAAUGCCAAGACACGUGUAUCCAUACUGAAAGCCCAAGAGUUGGAGAAAGAUCUCCAUGGUCAAAAUGCAGAUUCUGUUCCACAAGAGAAAAAACUUGCCAUUUUUGACAAAGUUUUUGCAGCAUAUAGUGAAGCCAGGACUUCCAUACGUAAUGAUCUGGUCACUGCAGGUAAUUCUGAAAGUAUGAAGGAUGAUCUAAACGGCCUUGAUAAAGCUAUUGGUGCUGUCUUAGGACAAAGGACCAUUGAAAGGAACUUAUUAUUGGUGAGCAUAGCCAAAAGCAAACUCUCAAAGCUGCAAGAUAACAAAAAUGAUAAGGUUACCAGGCCUGAAGAGCUUGUCAGGUUGUAUGAUCUCCUACUACAGAAUACAUCAGACCUUUCUGAUUUAAUUAGUUCUGGAAGAGAUAGAAAACCUGAGGAAAUUGCUUUGGAAGAAGAAUGUGAAAUCAAGAGCUUGGCUUUCCGAGCUGAAAGGUGCUUUUACUUGGCCAAGUCCUAUAGCUCUGCUGGAAAGAGAUCAGAAGCAUAUGCAUUAUAUUGCAGAGUUCAUGCUCUAGCGGAAGAUGCAAUUAAGAAACUUCAAGCUCUGAACACUGCUGACCAGGCAACUAUCAAAGAGUUGAAGAUGCUGUCUGGUAACUCUAGGUCUAGUAGUUGUAUAGAGCAUGCUAUGGGAAUUAUAGAAGAAGAAAAGGCUCCGGAAAAACUCUCGAAAAAGAUAUCCAAGAUAUCGCUAACUGGAGCUGUUAAGAAGGUGGAAGACUUGCUCUGCGACAAACUGGACUCGUAUGAAUCUGCAGUGGGUGAUGCCAACACAAAAGGAGUUCCAAGAAUCGAAGUGUUCCCUCCAGCAUUCAAGUCAGUCCCUCGCAACCCAAUUAUCAUGGAUCUUGCUUUUAAUGCGAUCGAAUUCCCAUCUCUUGAUGAUAGAAUGAGGAAGAAAGGAGGUCUAUGGAAUAGGUUUUUCCAAAGAUGAUGAGAGAAAAAAGUAUUUCAUGGUGUUGGAUGGUUUUAUAGUUUUUCCUUUUUAUUUUCCCCGGAUUAUAUAUAAUUUGUUUCGGCAUCUCUAACUUUUUUCUUUUGCCGUUACGAGUCGUUCUGACAUAAAAUUUGGAACCCUUGUUUUUAUUUUUGGUUGGACAAAUAGUUUGUUUCAUUUUGUAAGGAAACUUAUGUUUGUUGGAUGGCAUGUUGAUUUGGACAAAUAUUUGGCCAUUGAUUACAGAAUUCAUAAUUGACUACAAAGACAUUGCAGAAUGCUUAAUAAAUUGUUGUUUUGGAUUAUUUGGAUA